AUGGCAUUUUACCCCCUCACACCAGCCUCGCUGAGGCCAAGCCCGUGUUUUGCAAGUCAUACGAGCCCCGGGAGCUCUCCCCGCUCCCGGGAGGCGCCGUUAGGAAGUUCCAGCCCCUGCGGGCCCCGAGCAGCGCCGCACUCGGGGCGCCCCAGCCCGGCACUCCCCCGUUCAUUCACCUCCCGCCGCCUUCCCCAGCGAGCUCCAGCUCCACACGCCAGCCCGGCUCCGGGGCCUCCGCCAGAGCCCAGCCAGCCCGGAGGCUGCUCCUCGGCCAGGGAGGUGCAGGGAUCCCCAGUACCCCCGGCUUGCCCUCCACAGAUGGCCCCAGCCAGGCAGCCGGGGGUACCGGGGGUCUCUAGGGACAGCGGCACCAACCACGGGAGCCCAUGGGACCCCGGGCCGCUACCCGGGGCUGCGCUGGCCGGGCCCCCACCCCAACCGGGACCCGCGCCUGGGGGAGCGGAGGGCGGGGAGCUGAGCACGGAGCCUUCACUCACGGACACACGGCCGGCAGUGGGGCCGCCAGCGGGGCCACCAGCGCCCAGCCCUCCGCUGUCCCUUCCCCUCACCCCGAUGCGCGCCCGCUCCACCCCAGCCCCGCCGCACCCGCCAGCCGGGCCGCGUCCUGUCUCACCUCAGCUCCGCACAGCCCGGCCGGGAGCGCAGUGGGAGCGCAGCAGGGCCAACGCAGACCGCGCGCUCUCCGCCCCUGCCCGGCCCCGGCCCGGCGCUGCCGCCGCUCCUUUGUGCCGAAAGAUGGAGGCGACUCACGGCGCAGCCCCGCCCCGCCCCGGCCCCGGCCCGCCCGCGGCCGCGCCCCCCGCCGUCUCCCGGGCGACCCGCCCCGCCCUCGGCCCCGCCCCCUUAGCGGAGCUUCGCCCAAUCGCUGCGCCGGGACGCAGUGACGUCCUCCCUGCAGCCAACCCCCGCCCGCUCCGCGCGCCGCUGUGCCCGCCGUAA